AUGGCCCAGACGUUCGUCCCCGACGAAGUUGACGAUUUUGCGUUGGAGACGCCUCGCGUCCCUCAUAAACUACAAUCUCUCACCGCACUUGCACGUUUCGAAUUUGAAGCGGGCAAGGGCAACGAGGGGACCAAAAUCUUGAUGGUUGAAUGGGAAGACGAUGAUGUGACGAGAUCUGCUGUUGGGUCAUGGCGUGUGGCCUGGGAUAAGAAACAUACUGUCCUUCCCGCCGAUGAUAGGACAAGUGACCACGUCCGACGAUGCUACUUCUUGCUACCGCCAGGCGCAACCAUACCACCCGUCAUCACCCUCACCUACGAACCCCCCGUGGGCUCUGCAGAAUCCGUCAAAAGGCCAGGCGAGUCGAUACAAAUCAAUCCGUUGCCCGCUAUAUUCCCGCCAGAGCUGGGUGCCACAGCGAGGACAGCCGGGAAGAAGGGCGUUUUGCAUACCAUUUGGGCAAAAAAACGCAUGCAGGUUCUGGAAAAGGAGAUUAAAGAAGAAUCGCAGAAUAACCUAGAAGGAGUUGCCCUAGCGAUGGUCCUACAGGAAAAGGAAUGGAUAGAAGCUAAUUUUGGAGUUGCGGGGCGGCCUCCGACUCUCCAGUCUAGUCUGAACUUGUCAACCAAUAUCAGCUCUGUCCCGUUGAGCCCUCGGACACCACUGUCGCCGAGUGGAAGCAAGCUCAGCGAGAAACUCAAGGGACUCAAGCUUGAAACGGGCCAGAAUGACCUGGCAAGAAGAGCAGCAGAUUCCGGGACCAAUGCAGACCCGGAUCUUCAUCCCCUAUCCCCGGAUGAACCAGACGUCGCCAUUUCCUCCUUCAAUUCCUUCGCUAGUACACCUGUCCACUUCUCUCCCAUACAGCUACAACAGCCCUUGAAGACCACUUCACAUGCGCCACCAACUUCGAUACAAGAUCACCAAGCCCAACUGCACACAUUAGCUUCCGUUUCUAUGCAUCCCAUCCAUAAUAUCAGACACAACAACUUUUCCGGGGUCCCGGACAUGGAUUCUGGGGACGGCCUUUUCGCAAAAGCACUCAGCCCGCGGUCUCCGGAUAUCCCACGAAGCCCGUUUUCGUUUUCUCCAGAAGAAACCCUGCCCUAUGCGUUGAAAGCGAGCAGAUGA